AUGCCUGCCCCGCCUACAGCUUUCGCUGACUGCACGAUGGAAGCGGCGAUGGGCUAUGUUCGACGACGCAGGAGGGUGUUGCCUACUUUCGGUGGACCGACCAGAUCGCUUCAUCAUAUUUUAGCCUGUCAGAGUCGAGACGCUGGUGUGGUUCCACCAGGCAAUGUUGACGCGACAUGGCUGAUUGCAAUCGAGGUUUCUCUGCGACUGUUUGGUCAUCAGAUCUAG